UCGCUAGCUUUCCUUUAGUUCAUACGUACAUGGGCUCUUGCUUCUCCUCCAUUACCACCACCAAUUGGGUUCAGCCUCCAACGGCCAGUGUCGUUUGCUUGGAUGGCUCUCUGAGAGAGUACCUUACUGCUGUUAAGGUGUAUGAGGUCCUCGGCUCCCUCCACCCCUCCUGCUUUCUUUGCAGCUCCGACGAGCUCUACAUCGAUGCCGACAUCCCGGCGUUGGGUUCGAACCAGUCGCUUGAGCUCGGUCAGUUGUAUUUUAUGCUUCCGGUUGCGAAGCUCGAGCACAGGCUAACGGGUUCGGAAAUGGCGGCGCUUGCGGUCAAGGCUAGCUUGGCGUUGGCGGUGGCGGUGGAGACGAGACGGCGGACGAUUCAAGUUAUGCCGGUCGAGGCGGUCAGUGGAGUGUCCGAAGAAGAAGAGGAGAUUUUUAGUUUGAAGAAAUUUGAUGAAUUCAGUUAUGGGAUUUCUGAAUCAAAAAGGAAGACAGGGAUGAGUGCUUCUUUACGGGUAAAAUUGGUGGGUCGUCGGUUUAAUAGAUUGAGGCUUAGCACCAUAGGCGAGCUUGGUGAAUGAAUUGGGCUUGUCAAAAUGGGCUUUCUUUUUCUUUUUCUUUUUCUUUUUUUCUUUUCAAAAUUUAGUUUUUUUUCUUUUGGUAUGGGUAUUUCCUUCCUGUUUCUGAUAUCGAGUGUUGUUUUUUCUUGCA